AGCGAGCGGAACCACCGCGCGUGCAGCCGACCGCAGCUUCCACCGCAGCCUGCACUGCCUGCCGAGCGAGAGCGGACGCGACAUGGCGGCUGAAGCCAAGCCCCAGAACCUCUCCCUGGUGGUGCACGGGCCCGGGGACCUUCGCCUGGAGAACUAUCCAGUCCCUGAACCAGGACCAAAUGAGGUGCUGCUGAAGAUGCACUCGGUUGGAAUUUGUGGCUCAGAUGUCCACUACUGGCAGCACGGUCGGAUCGGGGAUUUCAUUGUAAAAAAGCCAAUGGUGCUGGGGCACGAAGCUGCGGGGACAGUCGUGAAAGUGGGAUCAUCGGUGAAGCACCUCAAACCAGGUGAUCGUGUUGCCAUUGAGCCAGGGUCUCCCCGAGAAAAUGAUUAUUUCUGCAAAAUUGGGCGGUACAACCUGACCCCAUCCAUUUUCUUCUGUGCCACUCCCCCUGACGAUGGAAAUCUGUCCCGCUUCUACAAGCACAAUGCUGACUUCUGCUACAAGCUCCCUGACAAUGUCACCUUUGAGGAAGGGGCCCUGAUUGAGCCCCUCUCCGUGGGGAUCUAUGCCUGCCGGCGAGGUGGAGUAUCCCUGGGGAACAAGGUCCUGGUGUGUGGAGCUGGGCCAAUUGGACUGGUUACUUUGAUUGUGGCCAAGGCAAUGGGAGCAGCUCAAGUCGUGGUAACUGAUCUGAAUGCCUCUCGGUUGAGUAAAGCCAAGGAAGUGGGAGCUGAUUGCAUUCUCCAGAUCGCCAAGGAGAGCCCUAAGGAAAUUGCCAGGAAAGUGGAAAAUCUUCUGGGGUCUAAGCCGGAAGUGACCAUCGAGUGCACCGGGGCAGAGUCCUCCAUCCAGACGGGGAUCUACGCCACUAUCUCCGGUGGAACCCUGGUGCUUGUGGGAAUGGGUGCUGAGAUGGCGUCCGUACCCCUGGUGCAUGCAGCUGCCCGGGAGGUGGAUAUCAAGGGUGUAUUUCGAUACUGCAACACGUGGCCAAUGGCAAUUUCAAUGCUUGCAUCCAAGACUAUAAACGUGAAGCCUUUAGUCACCCACAGGUUUCCUCUGGAGAAAGCCAUGGAGGCCUUUGAAACAUCUAGACAGGGAGUGGGGUUGAAAGUCAUGAUCAAGUGUGACCCUAGUGACCAGAAUCCCUGAUAUGAAUUGGGGUGUGCCCUCUUCCUUACCCUUUCAGUAUCUCAGGGCUAAAUGGCUGGCAGGGUAGGCCUCAUGACAAACUUUCUUUUGAAUGACAAGAAUAAUAGAUGUAAUUCAUUAAGCACAGAGCCUUACAGAGGAGUUGAUGUGCCUUGAAAAUGCAAAUAGCGAUCGUUUUGGAGACCUUGUGACCAGAAUGACCUGCUUGUGCUGAGCAAAGUCCUGUGCAUCCUAGAGCAGCGUUUGGCAGGCGAGAAUUAGGAGCUGCCCUUCUUCUCUUCUUUGGGUGGGGACAGAAAUUUGCCCUUGUGUUUCUGGUCCCACUGUGACUGACAGGGAAUCAGCUGAAUUUUGAAGAGACUGGCUUUGAGGCUGAUUUUUCAAGAUUUGGGGUGACUAGUUGCCAGAAGUUAUAGUUCAAAGAAGUGUUUCUGGAGCCAAAUGCUAUAUUUGGCUUGAUGAUAAAAGAAUAAUAAUAAUAAUAAAAGGAUUAACUUUGUAGGGCCAGGGUAAUUUAAAAACAAACGAAUACAACCAAAAUCCCAUGUGUGUUCACAUGGCUGCAAACAGCGUACUUCUCAUCUGCUUGCGGAUCACCGCUUCAACUCCUGACAGUUGGUCAUCCCAUUUUUGUAAGGCGGUGGGCCUUGCAAAGUGUCUGAACCACCUUUCUACCACUCCCCACUCCACCUGAAGCAUCAGCUCUGUUGUUAGACAAGCUGGAGACCUUCAAUCCUGCCUGUCUAGCCCAAGAAGGCUUGGUCAACUACUGGAGGACUUUACAACCCCACCCUAAAGCACAGUUAACCCCUCGUAGGCUCUCUCAAUGGUUAUUAGACAAUUCUAUUCAAUUCUAGUCAUUGUAGGUGGGAGAAAAUUGAUUCCCCCGAUCAUCACAGUUAAGGCUCUAGGAAUCUUCCCAUCUGUUGGAAGGGUAUCUCUGAACUUGCCCUAUUUUAAUCUUGGGUUUCUUUCCCCCUGUAUAACACUUUAAAGGCCAAUCACACCCUUGCUGAUUUUUGAGAUUAUUAAUCAAGAAUGAGGAUAUAGUAUCUGUGACAGAACUUGGGCUGCGGCCUUUAAUUCCCCCACUCCAGCUGUGGGCAGAGGGUGAGUUUGAAGAGAACUCGGUUUACAUGGGGGCAAGCCAUGCCCAGUGCCUGAAAUUCCUCAAACUGCUUUGGGCAAUAAAUUUUCUGCUGCUAUCUCA